AUGGAAACCCUAGCAAAAUACCCCGACCUGCACAACAAAACCGCCCUGAUAAUGGGCAUCGGGCAAUCCAAAAUCCCCGGCUCAGAAACAUGGGGCAACGGCGCCGCAAUCGCACGCGUCCUUGCUCACAGUGGCGCCAAAGUCUUCGGCUGCGACCUCAGCCUCCCCGCCGCAGAGUUUACCGCAUCGCGGAUCCGCGCAGACGGCGGGGUCUGCGAUGUUAUCCAGGCGGAUGUCACGUCCGUGUCUGAUGUGAAGAAGGUCGUUGAUGCUGUUCUCGAAAAAUAUGGACGCAUCGAUAUCCUGGUUAAUAACGUUGGCGCGACGGCCACGGGCGAUCCGGCGAGUAUGGACGAGGAGACUUGGGAGAGGCAGAUUAGGAUCAACCUGAAGAGCGUGUAUACGGCCUGUCAUGUUGUGCUUCCCGUCAUGGAGAAGCAGGGGAGCGGGGUGGUGAUUAAUAACGCGAGUAUCGCGGGGAUGCGGUAUAUCGGCAAGCCACAAGUUGCAUACUCUUCUGCAAAAGCAGCUGUUAUCCACUUUACGCGGGUUACUGCCGUCAUGUAUGCGGGCAAGGGCGUGCGUCUGAACUCGAUUGCGCCUGGGCUGAUGUAUACGCCGCUCGUGGAGAGUAUGAAGACCUCGCAGCCCGAGGCGUAUCGGAAGAUCAUGGAGCAGCCGAUUCCGAUGGGGAGGAUGGGCGAUGCGUUUGAUGUUGCGACGGCGACGGCCUUUCUGGCGAGUGAUGCGGCAAAGUAUAUCACAGGGCAGAAUUUGGUCAUCGAUGGGGGGUUUACGAGUAGUGCUGUGUCAAAGUUGUGA